GCGGCCGCUCUCGCGGCAGCUCCGCGCGGAGGCGGUGGCGCAGGUAGGGCGGGCGGUGUGGGCGGCGCCGCGUCCUGCCGCCGGGAAAACGCGCCUCAGGGAGCUGGGAAGCGGCUCGACCUCGCCCGGCCCGGCCCGGCCCGGCCCGGCCCUGUCCCGGGGCUGCUGAGCGCGGGCAGGAGCCGCCUCGCCGGGCGGGCGCAUUAGCGGCGCGCGCCCGGCGGCCGUUAGCAGCCGUGCGAAUGGCGGUGUUGGCGGCCCUGCGUGCGCCCGGCCGCGCUGGAUGAGGUGGGUCGCAUCCCCGUGAAGUGACAUGUCUCCUGUACCACAGCUUCUGGAUUGCCAUGGCUGCGGUGGAUCGUUUUUCCCUCUUGUACAGAGAGAUUGGUCGUGCCUGCGAUUUUUACAUCGAGGCCCUGGUUAUAGCUGGAGCUUGGUAUACAGCCACCAAGUGCAUCAGUUUUGCUGUUAAGACUUACAGUCUACUCAGGUUGCAUUUCCUUCCAAAGCUGGUUGGCAAGAUCGAUCUUGUCAAACAGUAUGGGAGAUGGGCUGUAGUCACUGGUAGCACAGAUGGUAUUGGGAAAGCAUAUGCUGAAGAGCUGGCAAGGCGAGGUGUCAACAUUAUCUUAAUCAGCCGAAACAAGGAGAAGCUAGAGGCUGUAUCUCGAAGCAUAGCUGAAACCUAUAAAGUGGAAACAGAUUUCAUAGUAGCUGACUUCAGCAAGGGGCGUGAGGCUUACCUACCCAUUAAGGAGGCCCUGAAAGACAGAGAAAUUGGAAUUUUGGUGAAUAAUGUAGGAGUAUGUUAUUCCUACCCGGACUACUUUACCAACCUGUCUGAGGAUCUGCUGUGGGAAAUAAUGAAUGUAAAUAUUGCUUCUGCCAGCAUGAUGGUGCAUAUUGUGCUGCCAGGUAUGGUAGAGAAGAAGAAGGGUGCAAUUGUGAAUGUGUCUUCUACAGCCUGUUGUCAACCCAUACCGAUGUUGACAGUAUAUGGAGCCUCUAAAAGCUACUUGGACUACUUCAGUAGAGCGCUACAUUAUGAGUAUGCCCCGAAAGGAAUCUUCAUUCAGAGCUUAAUUCCAUUCAUAAUUUCUACAAAAAUGGUACCGCAAGGUACCAUUUUAUCAAAAAGAUCUUUCCUUUUUCCUUCUGCUGAAGAAUAUGCAAGUCAAGCUGUUUCUACUCUUGGGUUAUCCAUAAGGACUCCUGGUUACUGGAAGCAUGCAAUACAGGUGACAUUGCUUGAACACAUACCUGAGUGGAUCUGGGCAUGGGGUAUAGAGUAUGUCUGCAGAAUUGUACGCAAGAAAGCUUUAACAAGCAAACUGAAAUAAGAAUAUCCAGAGGUUCAGUGUAAAUGAGUACAGUAUUCUGAUCUGAGUGUUGGAAGAAUGUUUAGAGUAUCCUGAAUUUACUCUGAUUUAUCCAUACUCUGCUAAACAAACUGUGUGUAACCUAGACAUCAGAAGACUGCAUUCUGUCUAUAUCUUUGUAUUGAAUAGCUCCUGUUUUCAUUGAGGACAAACAGCUGAUCUUGUUGAGAUUAAUCUUGGUUCACUCUGUCAUGUAAUUGGGCAGGAACAGGUAGAGUUUUAAUUCUGAUAGUGAAUGACUGGUUCUUGCAUAGUGCUAAAUGAUUUCAACUUAAGUCAACAGGAUUCAAGAACUCUCCAAAUCCUGCAGAAAUGGGCCCAAGAGAGAUCCAAAAUCAUGCUGUUUAAAAAGACAAUCCCAGUCAACUAAGAAGUUUCUAUAACAUGCAGUUUUGUGUAACUUCUCUGGUCUUCUAACUGCAAAUGUUUAUAUGCUUUAAGUAUAAAAUCUUUUUGCUUUUGAAUGGUGUUCUCAAAAUUAAGGUAUAUGGAAAGUAAUAUUGUUUUGAAAGUUGUUUAAAUGAUUGAAAAGGUCUCACGGAGCAACUUGAAGCAAUGUAAAGCAAUUUGAAGAUAUGCUUGUUUGCUUCCCUAUUCCACGUGUGAAUGCUCUUGAUCAUGCUUUAAAUAUUCCUUCACCAAUCUGAAAUAUGUCAGAAGAAUUGAAUAAAGAAUGUGGAAACAGAUUAGCUGAAGAAAAAUAACAAAUUUAAUCUUUUGGUUUAAAUACACUGAUUGUCUCUCCUAAGAGAAUAAAAAAGUUAUUAAAGUUUU